AGAGAGGAGUUCACAAGGAGUUUAAGCGUUCAACUUAAAAAUAGCAUCAGGUAACGUGGGGACGACCUGCUGGUAGAUUGUUCCAAAGAGAGAGAGAGAGGAGCAGACAGUAGAGUUAAACAACAACGAGUCGAAACAGCUGUACGAAGACGUGACACAGACAGACAGAAAUAUGUUCAAAAUACUCAUGAUGGAUAUGUACAAAAGAUCCCGUCAAGCUGAAAGUUGCUACUUUAAAAUUUUAACAACUAUCCACUAGUCAUUUGCUAUGGCAUGACUCCCGUUUUAUGCAGUUUGGCUGUUGUCAAGUAUUUUUGCUCCGCUUUAAAAAGCCAACGGCCUCAUCUACAUCUUGCGAACACAUCUUAUGUCCAAAGAACAUGGUUUUGUGUCCUCGUGGCCAACACAUCCGGAAUGUAAUCAACUGAGGCUAGCAGUAACGCGUUCCAGACCAAAUAAGAAUUACAAAAAAGCAAGUGAUUUAACAAGGAAAUAAACAUUGUAUGGUGUUGCCAUGUGAUGAAAACCAGGAAAUUAUUCUACGCUCAUGAUUGAAAGAAGAAGAUCAUUUUUAAGUCCGGAAAUGAUGAGAAAAAGUUGAAACGAUUUCUGAUACUUUUAUAUUUUUGAGAUUUGAAAAUGACGUAUUCAAUACAGGACGACUAUAAUGAGUGCUUCAGACAAUUCGGAAGUAAAAUUUAGCGCCGAAAGUUGUUUUAAUGUUAAACUUUUGUAAUCGGGAUGUAUUCUAGUAAAUUCCACAGGAAGGAAGCUCUACAAACUAUUCUACAUUAUCUAUUGGGCGACUCACACAUUGACCAGCAGACUCAAUCCGGGAUAGCCACCGAGUUACUUCGUCUUUAUAACAGUAGUGAACUCAGGUCUGACCACUCUUCCCCGAAUAAUGCAAAGCAAGAUACUUUCUGUUUGCUUUGUAGCGCAAUGUACGAUUUAAAUUCGUUGACUGAUGAUUUUAUCGCAAUAUAUAUGGUAUGCAAGUUAUAUGUUCUAAUUGCUUAAUGCGUAGCGCAAUAUGUACUUGUGUUUAAUUCUUUAAUAUCGUGAUAAGAUAUUUGUAUAUAAAUCCUAUUCUAGUCCUAGAUGUGAAAUGGAAGCUUGAUAGAAGAAAGACAUUUCUUUUAUUUUCAACUAACUAAUUUUUAAAACUAAUUGUGUUUUAUCUCGAAUUGUCGUUACAUUUGCUAUAACAAAAACAUUUACUAUCGAAAAAUUUUCAUCUCUAUAUUUUCUCGCACUGUGUGUCCUAUGAAUAUUAAGAAAGAAAAAACAAUAUUAAGUUUCCAAGCAGAAUGAACAUUUAUUGAAUACUAGAAAGAAAUAAAAAAUUUCUUGUAAAAUGUAAUUCAAGAAAAAAACCAUGAAAUAUCGUUAACAAUUGGAGAUGAUAGCUGCGAGAACGCCCUAAACGCCUAAACUAUUAAAUAUGAUGAAGAAAUCAGAGGUGUCCUCGACCCGGAAAUCGGACGCCUCAUUUUCUUGUGAUAAUGCUUCGUCGAAUUUGUUGUGUGGGGAGAUAUUCGUUACGCGUAGUGCCCGAAAAUGGACGUUUAUUUGUACGUUCUGCAAUAAAGGUACCCGCGAUAUAGGCGAAUUCGUCUGCCAUAUAAAAUUGAAACAUUUAACAUAUCCUUAUGAUGAGGAUUAUGAUUCAGCUGAUAUAGAAGAAUCAACACUGACGACGGAUGGAGCAUCAAAUGAAGGCCAGGAAAAAAGUCAGGAAAGUGAUUAUUUUGAUUACGGCAAUUAUUUGGAUGUUAGCGUACACACCGAAAUCGGCGAUAUAUCUUAUGGCAAGAAUAAAUUAACAAAAAGUCGUACAUUAUCAGAGCGUAUCUUUGUAAAUAAGGAACAACAGGAGGAAAGUAACUUUUUGCCCAAGUCUUUAAAUGAAAAUGCCGGCGAUGACGUUACUAAUGCUGAUAACAAGAACGAUGACAUAAAUUUGCAAAAACAUAAGGACAACAAAUUAAGAAGCAAUUACGUUGCGAAGGAAGGAACACUUGAGAACGCAGUGGAACGUGAAUUUAAAAUAGAAAUAGACGAAAGGAACGUAGUUAACGAUAAUGGAGUUGACAUUGAAAUGACUGAAGAAAAUAGUGAGUUACAGACUGCCUCCACUGCUACUUCAUUGCCUAGCAAAGCCCAUGCUAACACUCCAAGUAAAGAUGGAAGCGGUGUAUUCUUGAAGCGUAAUCGUAAACAAAUACGCGGACCAGCUUACUGUCAGCUAUGUAAUAAAACCUUUCAAUAUUAUUGCCUUUAUAGGAAUCAUAUGAUAAAACAUUCCAAUUAUACACCAUAUAUGUGCCAAUUAUGUAAGAAACGCUUUAAAUCUAAGCAGGCCAUACGCUACCAUAUGAAUACACAUUCGCGUGAAAAGAAGGAGUACCAAUGCCCGUUAUCCGUUAGUUAUAGCGGCUUUCCCUGCAAAGUUUGCGGAGAAAUAAUAAAUAGUAAUGAAGCGAAAGAAAUGCAUUGGAGAAGACAUACAGAGGAGCGACCAUUCGGUUGCAAUGUUUGCACGAAACGUUUUCGUUUACGUCAUCAUUUGAUACAUCAUUUAAAGUUGCAUAGUUUAUACCGUUGUGAAUUUUGUAAAGAAGAGUUUUCAACAUCACAACCUUCACAACGUCCAUACACAUGCCCACAAUGUGAAAAAUCGACCGAAUUGCAUGAAAAGGUUAGAAAAAGAAAAGCAAUGUUUAAUAAACCGGUUGAAAUAAAAAAUCCUUUAAAAUUAUAUAAAAGUACGAUGGCGCCGCAACCACGAUCAACUGAAUAUGUGCAUUUGGAUGAAACGGUAACAGACGAUGAAGAACGUUCCGAAACGAAUGAUUUGCUAGCAGCAAAUAACAAUAGAAGGAAAAAACGAGCAGCUUGUAAGUACUGCUCGCGCAGUUAUACGCAUCCCAGUACACUUAACCAUCAUGUACGUCAAAAGCAUCCUGAUAUGUUGUAAGGAAAUUGAAUUUAUAAUCAUACAAGUAAGAAAGCUAUGUUCGGUGGGGGCCAAAUCUCACAUACCCACCACUAUGCUUUUCGUAUUCUACUAUCCAAGUUCUUUUAUUUGAUACCCAUAUCCCUGGUAUUAUUUAAAAAAACCGUGUCCACCAUAUUGGUUUUAGAAUUAAUCCAUUUUUAGGCAGAUAACAUAUCUCCAUUUGAGGAAUGUGCAAAAUAGCUUAUUGGUUAUUUCCCUUAUCGUAAAUAAACAAGAAAUCUGAAAAGAUUGGGAAAAAAAAUUAAAUUUAAUCAUUGUAACUUUAUGUGGGCA